AUGACCAUACUUAAUAGAAUAUUCUCAAAUAAACCAGGAGCAUUCUUUAUUGAUGGGCCUGGAGGAACGGGAAAAACAUUCUUAUACCGCGCUUUAUUAGCUACUGUACGAUUAAAGGGAUUUAUAGCUAUAGCCACAACAACUUCUGGUGUUGCAGCUUCAGUGCUCCCUGGAGGACGAACUGCUCACUCGUGUUUUAAACUUCCUAUUGAUGUAGGUGAAAAUUACUGUUGCAAUAUAAGUAAACAGAGUUCACUUGCAUUUUUAAUUCAAGAUGCAAAACUGAUAGUGUGGGAUGAAGUAUCAAUGGCUAGGAAAAAACUUGUUGAGACUUUUGAUUCACUCUUUAGAGAUGUUAUGGGUAUAAAUACACUAUUUGGUGGAAAAGUCGUAGUUUUUGGAGGCGAUUUUAGACAGACUUUACCUGUUGUGAAAAGCGGGGCAAAAAAGGAUUUCAUACGUGAAUGUUUAUUGUAUUCAAAUAUCUGGGAUCAUCUUCAAAAAUUCCGUUUGACACAAAAUAUGCGUGCAUGCAAAGAUCCUGCAUUUUGUGAGUAUUUACUAAGAAUUGGACAUGGAAGAGAAGAAGUUAAUGAACAUGAUAAAAUCGAGGUUCCAAAAUCAUUUCUUAUUCCUUUUACGAAUGAGAAAGAAUCAUUAGAUAUUUUAUUCAAAACUGUUUAUCCCAAUCUAGAGAUGCUCAUGUCUGAUACAUCCUCCGUAACAUCACGUGUUAUCUUAACGACCAAAAAUGAUUUCGUAAACGAAAUUAAUCAGAUGUUCAUAGAUAAGUUUCCUACAACUGCCGUGACAUUCAUUGGAAUUGAUGAAACUGUAGAGCCAAAAGAUCAAAGCCAAUUUGAAGAUUUCCUCCAUUCUUUGAAUCCUACUGGUUUGCCUCCUUAUAAUGCUAAAAUUGCAAGUGGUGACUUUAAAGGUAAACAUGUUUUUAUUCCUCGAAUACCAUUGUUAUGUUCACCAGACGAAAAAUUGCCUAUUCAAUUUCAGAGAACACAAUUUCCUGUUCGACUAUGUUUUGCUAUGACUAUAAAUAAAGCUCAAGGUCAGACACUAGAUUCCGUAGGAAUUUAUUUACGUGAACCUGUCUUUUCACACGAUCAACUUGAUGUUGCUUUAUCAAGAGCAAAAAGUUCAGACUGUGACUACAAAUCUGUUGGUUAUCUUCCACAAAAGGAACCAGAUAAAUACCAGGACAAGAACAAAAAAACUAUCUGUUGA